AUGACUUCAGCAGGAUUAUUAGGAAAGAAACUUCAUAAACUUUCGUUAAAUGAACAUCUUACACAUACUCAUUCCAAUGAUAAUUCCAGUAAGUAUGGUAAGACAAAUAAUAUCAACAAUUCAUCAUUUGGAUCUUCAACAUUAGUUAACUUAUCAGAUAAUGACAGUGACAAUGACUCUAUAAUAGCCCGAGAAUACAUCAAAUGUCUUAACUAUGACGAACUAAAUUCAAAGUAUGGUAUAAAUAAGUAUUACCCAUCAUUUAUUCAUAAUUUGGAAAUUCUGACACCAGAUUUACGAGAAUUAAUCAUUGAUAAACCUAUCUAUCAAGAAGCUAAUAAGCAUGUUAGAAAAGCAAAGAAAUUGGAUAGCAAACUUAAGCAGAAAAAGGAAAUCAAGAUUCAGCAACUUCAGCAACGUAAAGAACAACGUAAAGAACAACGUAAAGAGAUUAGACAAUUACGUAAAGAUCAAUUACAUGAUUUGAAACAAUUAAGGAAGGAACAACAUGAAGAAAGAAAUCUUUUAAGGGAUCCAUAUCGAAUGGAAACAACCUUUAGAUCUAAAAACAAUAAUGAUGAAAAUAACAAUGGAAAUGAUAAUGAUAUUAAAAAGAAAUAUACGGGAAGUCUCAUGAAACCUGGAAUCAGUUCGGGAGGUAUUCAAAGUGAGCAUAUUGAAUAUCAUGAUGAUCCUUAUGCCAUUACUACCUAUUAUGCCACGAGUAAACCCAAUCACGAUAUCAAUUAUAAUGCAUUGGAGAAAAAGAAAAGUUCAACUGGUGAAACUACCGAAGUGGAAGAUGAUGAUGAAGAUUUGCUUAGAGAUGUUACAACUAAAAGUGGAACUUUAUAUUUUAAGGAUCCAUUUCAGGGACAGUCUUUAUCUAGUCAGAAUAAUCAUUAUACUGUACCAACUACAGCAUCGAACACACUUGAUACAAUAAAUGAUUCUAGAAAGAAUUCUAUUAUCUCUCAUAAUUCCAAUUACACUCAUUUAUCUAGUGAUGUUAUGGCUAAGAAAAGAAAUAGUUCAAUAACCAAUCGAUUCUUAACAUUGAUAAAGGGUAAUGAAGCAUCGCCGCCAUCUUCAUCUAUGUCUUCAUCAAUGACAUUAAUGCAACAAUCAAACUCUUUAAAUAAUCAACACCAUCAACAGCAACAGAAGAUUCAAUCUCAAGCCAACUCACAAGAUGUAACGACUAAUCAAGAAGAUUUGCAUCCAUUAAAGAAAUCCAUGAGUUAUGAUCAAACGAAAUCUACUAUGACUCAGACAAGAAGAGGUCUUAAGAAUAAAUUACUUAAAUUUAAGGUCAAUCAUGAACGUAGAGCAAGUGAUUUUAUUGGUAUGUAUUUUUUUUUAUUAGCGGUUCCAUUUUUAUUUUGCAGUUAUUAUUAUUAUUUAUUACAACAGUUGAGUAUUCCAGUUUUUUUUUAUUACAACUUACAAAACAAUUUAGGUUUAUACUACUAA